AUGCUCAAGCCUGAAGCAGAUCAGGUUGGCGACUUCGUGGGGGUUCAGUUGCACUCACAGGAUGAUGCCUCCAUCAUUGUGGCCUACCCGUAUUAUUGGUUUAGCCUGCCUGGAGCAUGCCCAAACCUUCCAUGGAAGUGCAUCCCCGGUGCUAAACAGACAGCCUGUCAAACCAAGCGGUCUGAACUCGAAGUAAUGCCGCCAGUUUGUGCUGAUAGUGGAUGUGCUGGCAAGAAAGACGAUGCCGCACUAAAGUGUGCUGCCGACUUCUCGUUUUCUCUACAGCAGAAUAUGGGAACCAAAGCUGCCGUUAUGUAUGCAUUCUGCAGCGUGUUUGCUCUGGUGCUCCAGUCCAUUGCAACACAGAUCAAGUGGCAUGCUCUCAGGUUCAUGAAUGGAAUUACCACGCACACGCUGAUGAAGAUGGAAACUGGGCUCUUGUACACCCGUGUGGACACGGGCUCAAGCCUUCUUUGCUUCUACAAAGACGCCGCGCAAAAGGAUGCCUCGCGACUCAAGCCGGGCAUGUGUGAUCGUUUGUCGGAAGGCAUCACCCUCCAAGAUGCUGCUGAUGAGUGGUGUGCUCCUUUCUUGAUGUCUGCCUUCCCCUCUCCAUGUGAAGGCUUCAAGGCAGCUUAUUUCAUGGGCUUGGGAACUCUUCUCGCUAUGGCUAUCAAUGUGGUAGCUAUUGUUGUUUGCUUGUUCCUGAUCUCCCAGUACUUGGAAGGAACUUUGCAUAAGGGAGUGUACCGAGUUUGGGCCCUGAUUCUUCACAUCACAUCCACGGUCAUUCUUAUUGCAGUCUAUGUGGCGUACAUUAUGGUCGCUAUUACAGCCCUCGAUGAAGUUGGAGGAAAAGGCGUCCCACUACUUGCGAUGGGAAGCAAGGGCACUGGAAUGAGCUUGGGCGUUGUGGUGAUGGGUGCGGGCUUGUUGUUCCAGGUUUUAUCAGCAGCACUGCUAUUAGCAGUGAAACUGGGCGACGAAGAGACGAAUGAGGAGAAGCAGAUCCGUCAGUGGAUGAAGGAAGAUGCCAGGUACGCGGCGGAAGGUGGAUAUGCAGAUUACGGCAGCUACGGCUAUGGAGAGCCAUAUCAGGGAGCAAGCUUCACUGGCUAUGACUAUGGUUAUGAUCAAAGCCAAUUCAUGGCUGGCGGCGCUGCCGGGUAUCCAUCUCAGGGUGCCGGAAUGGAGAUGCCAGGAGCAUACGGAGGCGGGCCUUCCUUCGAUCAGACGGCAAAGGCCACGGUGAAUUUGAGCUGGACGAAGACAUACCAAGACAUUCUGCCAACACGGCUGCUGCCCAGUGAGAGGGUUGAAAAGACAGGAACCUGCGUGCAGCUUUUGUGCCCGAAAAAUGCGCUUUUGAAUGGCUGGCGGGUAGCGAUCAAGGGCGGCCUUUGCAACAAUGGUGAGAAGGCUCCCACAGGUCAGCCUGGCUGUGUGUAUCUGUAUGAAAGCCUCGAAGACAAGGAUUUCCUUUCGUUAGACAACCUAGUUGGCAUCACUGCAGCAAAAUGCGGAAACAGUGGUGAAAGGACCUGUACAGAUUGGGCAGAUUGGCGAAAGAACUGCUACGAUCCCGACAAAAAGUACAAGAGAAGGUUUAAGAAAACAGACCUCGGGGAUGGCAAGAUGAAAGUGGAUGUGGAAGAGACUGAUUAUUGUGUGGAGUAUGACCUUCACCCGUACUGCCAGGAUGCUCCACCAGAUCUAUGCAACAAUGUGGAUUGUCAGAGUCUUUCACCAUCUGAGAAGGAAAUUGGUUUGGAGUACUGGCUCGGCAGGUGCGAGGAAAGCCACAAUACCAAACGCGCCGAAGGCAUCAACUUCGCUUUUGCGAAGACCCCGGAGAAGAAUCAUCUCAUGGUGGACAAGGAACUCUUGGAUAGCAACUUCAAAUGCAGCUCUGGUGGAAUGAGAUGCACACCCAACUUGGAUGGAGGUUUGUACUGCACGCGACAGUAUGGCGGGGUUUGUACACCGUGCUUCAUCCCAGGGACCAAGGUUCCAUUUCCGGCUGCAAACACCACUCCGACCUGCCCGUUCAACGUUCUGGCCGAAGGAGGAUACACACCACCUGCAGGGACCGAAUGUAAAUCCAGAGAUGCGGCAGACAUUUGCUGCCUUUACAAAGUCGGUGGUGCCUGCAGCCAGCCGGCUGAUGGAUCUAGUGCAGAGCUGUCGGCCUCAGGCUACAUAAGCAUGAUGGCAGCCAGCCUGGAGGAUCCUGAGCACAUGUUCAACUUUGCCAAGCGUUGGAUAGAGGACAACGGCGGCAAAGUUGAGAAUGAGGAUCAGCUGAAGGAAGAAGCAUAUUGGCUAUGGCAGGUACAUCCUCCAAAGAGAUAUGAAGAGGCUUGGAAGGAGUUCCAGGCGAACCUCAAGGCCAGUACUGCUGUGAACUUUGGCCCCGGUAGUGGCACCGAAGCGCCCGGCCUUCCAGGUGCCAUGCAGUGUACCGAAAUCCUCGCCAAAGACGCCAGCGAGGAUCCUUUGUGGAAGAAGAAACUCAUCGUUCAUUGUAAGUGGCCCAGAGACCAGCCAGACUGGACUGGAUUGGACGUCCCACCACCUCCGGGACCACCAGGGCAGAGUGAUGAUGGGUCCUUGAGUGUUGAGGAGCUCAGCCUUUUGGGGCUCAAGAAGCGAGUCGAGGGUUUAGUACCUUCCUUGAACUUCCUGCUGGCUCAGACGCUCAAAAGAGACUCUUGUGUGCAACAGGUUGUGCAGAAUACUCAAGACUUGCUCUUUGACGUUUGCAGCUUCGCAUCGGAUCAGAUCGUGCAACUUGAGCAUUGGCCGCCAACCGCCAUGGCAGGCUGGCGGCCAUUCGUAGCUGUUGCAUCCAUAGUGGUGCUCUUCUUCGGGCCAAGGCGCCUUGCAUCUCUGGCUCCGCUUCGGGGUCACGUUCUAACAGUGCCAGUGGCUCCAAGUGGUUCGACAGAAAGCGCACCACAAAUUGGUGAUCAGCAGGAUCUUCGUCAGCAUCGACAGGACCAAGGAGGAGAGAGAAGUAGAGCGUCACGGCGGUGGACGGUUGCAGGCGCAGCUGUGCUGGGAGUCUUGACUUUGUCGACCUUGGCAAGGGCAGCUGGUCCUGAAGUUGACGUGUACUUCGGUUCUGGGACCUUCUACCGCUUGCAGCAUGAGUUGGUCAUGAAGGAAGCUCUGGAACUUGGUAGACGGGAGGGCGACAUCACAGCCUUAGCUGGCUAUGCUGGUGGGAAGAAGGCUGGCCCUUUGGAGCGAUUAUGCUACAAUGGUCUUUUAGGCGCACCAGACCAUGUUUCCCUUGGACAUGCCCAAGCGGUGCGAGUCACGUUGCCCACGGGCAAAAUUUCAGACUUUACCAAAACCUUUCUGGAACAACUCAAGGAAAGGAUACAGGCUCAACAAGGACCUCAAUUUCGUGCAGUCAUAGGUAUUCGAGGUGGCAUGAACUCCGAGUACUACCCACUGAUCUCAGAAGCUUGUGAUGGUAAAGUGAAGCUGGUCAAAGGAGAGGGCAAUGAACCUGACACCUUCGGCACAGACACAGUUUAUGUGUACGACUCCAGAAAAUUUCCCUGGAGGCCAGCCGAGACAAGCAACCAAUUUCGAGACGAUCCUCCUGUGUACUAUGACAGGGAUUACAAGGAAAUCUAUGAGAAGCAGAAUAGGUUGGGGAUCAUCCUUCGAACCGGCUGUCCCGGAGAAUGAGGCUAAGCUUGGCCUUGAGUCUUCGAAGCGCUAAAAGUGCUUCGGGGAAACAUGCCAACAACAUCUAAUCCCUACGUGUAUAGAUUUGUAUAGGUUAUCCAUGGUUAUCCUUAAUCCUUAAUUUCAAAGACAACUCUCC